AUGACGCUCAAAGAGUCAGUCAAAGACUCGCCAACUCGCCUCGAAUUUUACCCAUUUGCCUAUGCUUUAUUCACCGAUGAACUCGACACUUAUUGCUGGUAUUGUCUACAGGCGUGUCCGCAGAAAAAGCAUUGUAUCGGCUGCGGAAUGGCCAUUUUCUGCAAUAAGGAAUGCCAAAAAUUGGGAUGGAAGGAUCAUAAGGCCGAAUGCAAAGGAUUUCGGACGGCUACAAAACUUGCCGACAUCGAGGUGCGGCUCCUUGGGAGAAUCGUGUUGAGAUACAAGACAAUUACCUCCGGAAAAGACAAGGAAGAAGCUGAUUUCUACAAGGACAGGACGUCACAGCGUCAAAUUAUGGAAAUCUGGGCCCACGUGGAUAAGAUGCGGGAUGACGAGUUUGCCAAGAAGAAGUUCAAUGAGAUCUACACCGAAUUGACGGGAUUCUACGAAGAAAAAUUCCUGCUACCCCGAGACCUCGUUUUCGAGCUGCAUUGCCGAAAUUACAUCAAUCGGCAUGCCAUUAGCGAUAAGGGCUAUAUGAAGGAAAUCGGUAAGGGCCUCUACCUCGAUCUAUGCGCCUACGACCACAGCUGCAGGCCGAAUACGAUUUAUACUUGUGACGGUUUCAAAGCAACGCUCCGAGCCCUCAACAGCUCCGUGAAUCUUCUUGACAAGAAAAACACGUUCUACUCCUAUAUCGAGAUCUUGUGCUCGCAACAACAGCGACGAAAGUUAUUAAAAGACACCUGGUACUUUACAUGUGAAUGUGAGCGCUGUAUGGACUCGAAUGAUCAUCGAUUGACGUCGAUUUUGUGUCCAACAUGCUCGAAAGUGGAGCCCACCGAAAUCCUGAUCUGGGGCGAGGGCGCGAAUAAGAAUCCGACCACCCAGAUUAUCACUUGUAAAAAGUGCAGCGAAACGCUUUCCGCCCAAUACGUCAUUGAAGCCAUCCAGGCCAUGCGUUUCAUCGACAGCAUCUUUGAGGACCAGGAACUCGAUCAGAUGCCAGCCAAGUCCCAGAUGCCUUUCCUCCAGGAUCUACUGCAGAGGUUUGGGGAGAUCUUGCCGCACGUGAAUGUGUAUUACUGCAGAUUGAUCCAGGCCCUGAUCCCAAUGAUCCCACCUGGCGAUAAUCACGAACUUCUCCGGCUCCACCUGAUGAGUGAAGAAUGCGUCCGGCAGUCGUUCCCCCACAACCACCCUGCCGUCGCGUUCCACCUCCGAAAUAUCGGGAUAUUUGCUGGGAAUUUGCAGAAGAAGGAGAAAUCUCUCAAAUAUUUCGAAGAAGCCCAACAAAUCCUCAAUUUCACGCUCGACCCCGAUCACCCGAUGAGCAAGGAGAAUCAGCGAUUGUGGGAUCAGGCCAAAACAAUCGUCAUCGAAAAGAAGCUAGAAGAAAUCACGCUCAAUGACCCGAAAGAGACGGCCGCUACUACGAAAAAAGCGGAACCUGUUGAUGAAGAUGAUGAAGACGCUGGCGAUAUGCCCGAGCUGAUCAAC